AUGCAUGUAUUCAUUGCGGGGGGCAGUGGCCAAACGGGCAGUCUAGUUAUUGAAAAUCUGAUCGAACAAGGUUAUACUGUUACGGCAUUGGUCCGUAACCCAUCGGCUGUUUCAAGCAAAGUUGGCCUAGACCUUGUCCAGGGGACACCAGUCAACAAAGCCGAUAUCGAGAAAUCCUUUGCGCGCCGCCUACCAGAUGCCGUGAUUGUGACACUCACACCCGCCAAAGAAACGUUUGAAAACGGAUCCUCAUUUAUCGCACAUGUAACACGAAACACCGUGCAGGUAAUGGAGCAGUUUGGUACAAGCAAGAUCAUUUAUUUGUGCGCAUUUGGGGUUGGGGAGUCGUAUGCCAACCUCAACUUCAUGAUGAAGGGUGCCGUGUGUGCCACUCCGCUAGGGAAGAAGUUUGCUGAUCACAAAGAGGCCGAGGAAGUUAUUAAGAAAGCAAGUGGAGUUCAAUCUGUGAUUGUGAAACCAGCAAUGCUGAAGAAUGGGGAACCUAAGCAAAUUGAAUAUCUCGGCGAAGCUGGGGAGGAGGCUAGCUUUAUGCCAAGUAUCACCAGGGCAAGUGUGGCCAAAUUCAUGGUUGCGGCUCUAAGUAGCGAGGAGUGGGAUGGAAAGACGCCGGUUAUUGCGAAUGUACAAUAG